AUGGGUGAAGUAAAAAAUUUAGAAUCGUACGCUAUUAUUGGAUUCGAUGGAUCAGCUCUCAAAGGUUUGAAAGUCCACCCAGAUAGCGAGCACAUUGUAUACCCGAUGGGCAACAAGGUUUGCAUCCAAGAGUGGAAAUCAAAGAAAAUGUACUUUCUCAGUGGCCAUACCAACAAUGUGUCUACGAUAGCCUUGUCGCCCAAGGGUACCUUCGUAGGUUCGGGGCAGAUCAAUCAUAUUGGGUUUAAGGCAUCGGCAAAAGUUUGGGACUUCAAGAAGAAGACAAUGGUUGGCAGCCAUGAACUGCAUAAGGUGCGCGUAGAAGCUCUAACUUUCACAUCGGAUGAACGUUACAUGAUAUCCCUUGGUGGACGAGACGAUGGAUGCGUGGUACUAUGGGACUGUGUCACUGGCUCAGCUACUGGUACCAUGUCAGCUGCGAAAUUAACCACGGGAGACGCUAUGACUUUGGCCCCGCUGUCACAAAGGGGCAAUUCCUUUGUCACUGGUGGUGAUUCUAACCUUCGAGUGUGGAAUAUCAGUACCGGUAGCAAGAACUUAGACGUGGUGGAUGUCACAUUGGGAAAGCUCAGACGUUGCGUCCGCUGUAUUGCUGUCUCCAAAGACGACACCUAUGGCAUUGCUGGAACCACAACGGGUGAUAUGAUAAAGUUCUCAAUCAACUACCCGUCGGACCCGCAGGCGUCAGUUGCGCCCUACAAACCAGCGCUGAUAGGGUGCUUUGCGAAGUGUGGCCCGUGGAAGAAGACCAAGAGACCCGAAUCGGUCUGUUACUCACAAGGAAUAGAAACGAUAAUAAUAAUGGAUGAUGGUUGUUUGAUCGUGGGCGGGGGUGACGGCACCAUUGAUAUUCUGGACGAGAUUAACUGGAAGGGCUCCUUCCCUAAAGGCAAAUUACUAUCUCCAAAUCAACCCAACUAUAAAGCUUUGAAAUCUACAAAAUUGGAUGGUGCUAUCACGUCUCUGGAGCUGAUGGAGUCCGCAGCGCAGCAAGGCAAAAAUCGCAUGCUUCUGGUUGGAACGAGAACUAGUGAGAUAUACGCCAUUAACGUGGCCACCUUCUUCCCCAUAUUAGUUGUGACCUGUCAUCGGUGUGCCAUCAAUGAUAUUGCUUUCCCUCACGGUAUGUCAGGAGUAUUCGCUACUGCAGGAGCCGGUGACGUGCGCGUGUGGUGCCUGGAGACUUGCCAGGAACUACUGCGUAUAGCGGUGCCUAAUUUCACAUGUUCUUCCGUUCUGUUCUCUGCUGAUGGCAAGUCUAUAGUUACCGGUUGGAACGACGGGAACAUUCGCGCCUUUACUCCUUUAACUGGCCGCCUAAUCUAUUGCAUUUACAAUACUCAUAACAAGGGUACCUCGGCGCUCGCCAUGACUACUGACAGCAGAACUCUCAUUUCGGGUGGCUGCGAGGGACAGGUGCGAGUGUGGGAUAUUCGGCCAGAAUGUCAAAGUUUGAAGAAAGUGCUGAAAGAACACAAGAGUCCCGUGUCCGCUAUACAAGUAUCACCCAACAAUAUGGAGGCUGUAAGCGCUGGUACCGACGGUUCCGCUAUAAUAUGGGACCUUAUUUCGCUCUCUCGCCGUCAAGUAAUGUAUGCAAACACACUGUUCAUGUGUAUUUGCUUCGAGCCCCAAGGUUGUCAGCUGUUGACGGGCGGUACGGACAGACGCAUCGCUUACUGGGAGACAGGCAGCGGGAACCUCGCCAGGGAGUUGGAAGCGAGCAAAGUGGGCGCUAUCAACGGACUACAUAUCACACAAAACGGUGAACUGUUUGUCACCGGUGGGAAUGAUCAAAUGGUUAAACUGUGGAAGUACCAGGAGGGCAUCUACACGCACAUGGGCCUGGGGCACGCGGGCGCGGUGACGUGCACGCGCUUCAGCCCCGACGCGCGCCACAUCGUCAGCAGCUGCUCCGCCGGCAGCAUCAUCGUGUGGAAGGUGCCCGAGCAAUACAUACGCACCGCAGGGCAGACACCACAAAAGAAAAUAACUUCACCAAAGACCACGCUGAAAGAAGAGUUGGCGUUACCCCUCCAAGAGAAGCCUGUGCAGAAAGCUUCAGGCGACCGACAGCUACAUGUACCUGCUGCACGCGGCAAGGUCGAGAAGAUUGAAGCGAUGGACACAACGAGAAGUAGCGUGCACUCCUGCUGUCCUUGUGAAGCGCCCACCGGUCGCAGCGAUGACAGUAAGAAAUCUUCUGCAAGCAAACCUGGAACCAAAUGCUGUAAACCACCAACAGAUAAUUUACCUACACGGACCACAAGUAAAGAGUACGUAAGCGGUGGUGGUGACAAGAAAUGA